UGGGGGGGGGGGGGGGUUGGGUAACUGUGCGGAUUGGUCGCAGCUCACCAACACAGUCAGCCUGGGCUUGUUUUAACGCAACCGGGGGCACUUCGGCUAGCGCGCAGAUAAAACAUGUGGUAAAUCAUCUGCCGUGGCACACAGGGGGGGAGACGCCGGCCGUGGCGCUCGUGGUGUAGCUGGAGAUUUUUGUCUUCUUCACCACAUAGAGCUGACAGUUUUCAGGAGGAGGGCCGCCGUCGCUGCCGCCGCCGCUGCUGCUGCUGUUGCUGCUGAUGAGGCGAUGAAGUGCCGAGAAUGAGAGCUGUGCCUGGGCCUACUUGUACUGCCGGAGCGGCUGCAGCUGGGAUUGUGCAGGCAAAGCCGAGGAAAGCGCUCGCUUUGUGUCACUCCAACAAAGAUCCGCUGUUGGUUUUGACGGGGACCGACGUCCAAAUGGCCAUAAGGAUGAAAACAUGAAUCAGUCGUACAGACCGGGUCCUGGGGUCAGAUCAGUGUUUGGCCCCAGCGAGCCAGAUCUGAGGGCCCGAAAUGGCCCUCUGAGCACUUCUUACAGGAACCAGUGUGGCGCCGUGACUCUUGGACCAGGCCAGGUGCCACAACCUGCUUUCCUGGGAUACAAUCAUCCCGAGCGCUUUCGCUGCUACAGCCCACAGAGGAGACCGCAGCCCCUGGAUGCUGACCCCCAGGACCGGAGCGGCCUGCUCUGCACGAGCCCGAUCACCGACGACGACGGCGACGAUGAGUUUGGGUCACCGGCAGUCCCGUUGCCUCGGUCUCCUGGCGCCGACCACACGGCGACCUUUGGGAGUCCGCAUCCAGGUCACAGACCACAGAGGAGACCACAGCGCAUGAACGCUGCGGCCAACAAGAAAGAUGGCGACCUUCGUCCCAGGAGCGGCUUGCGCUGCACGAGUCCAAUCACGGACGAGGACGACGGGUUUGAGCCGCCUCCGGUCCAGAUGCCUUCGUCCCCCGGCACAGAGGACACGGACCCCUUCGAAACGGUACAGGACGGGAGCAGGAACGGCUUCUCCCCCCGUAGUCCGGACAGCUUCGAGCGUUGUUCGCCCAUCCCCAACGGGUACCUGCAUUUCGAGUCCACGCUGUUUGACAGCAGUGACGUCAGGGAGGAGGACGGCGAGGUGCACGCCGGCGUUCAGGACCUCAGACCCUUUCAGCACUCCUCGACCACGGCCCAGGAUGGGAAUAUCGCUGGGAGCAGAAGCACAUCUAACGCUGGGGUGGAGAGAAGAACGUACAAGCCCACCGUCUUUAACCUGAUGUCCAAAACUAUUUCUGAACUCAACCCCACACUAAGCCCCAGCGCACUGCCAGAAAUCACUAUGCGAGACGGCUGGAACGUGGGCGAGGAGUCGGACAGCGACGUCGAACUCACCUCUCCCGUGGAUCCUGGGCUCGUCUCACCAGCUGGCACCAACUCUAAUUCCAAUAGCCCAAAGAAAAAACUUCUCCCCACUGUGAAGUACUUGGAAGGAGAUGUGGUGUGGGCAAAAUUCAACAGACGGCCUUGGUGGCCCUGCCAGGUCAUCUGCGACUCCGACCAAGGGAUCCACACCAAGAUGAAAGUACCAAGUACCCGUCCCUGUCGGCUGUAUUUCCUGGAGACCAUCGGGGAGGUCACAGAAAGCUCCUGGGUCCCAGGAAGUGUCAUUCUGCCGUUUGAAGGAGGGCAUCAGUUCGAGGGGCUGCCUGUCCUUAGACGCAGAGGAAAGCAGAAAGAGAAGGACUACAAGUACACGAUUCCAAAAAGCUUGCUGACGGCGUGGAAAGUCAGCGUGGCCGAAGCCGAGUGUCUGCUCCCAGGUCGGCAGAGGAAAAGUGAAGGUGAAGCUUCGGUAUCUGUCAAUGGAGAGGAACACCUGACCGGCCCUCCUCCGACCGAAGCGCUGCCCUCGGAGACCUCCGUCGCUACGAGCCGACCCGCCUCGCCCGGUCCGGCGGCCAACGGAAAUGGUCACCAUCCCUUCAAAAGUCCCACCGCGUGCGGCAAUAAGAGCAAAGGUCUCAGAAAGAAAAAGAAAUGCUUGUCGGACAUAUUUGGUCACAUCGUUGGUGGGAAGGAAUCCUCUAACAGGGCGGCCAAGCUUCACACAGCAACACGUGCACUGAAAGAGGAGCCGAAGGACUCUCCUUACGCCGACUUGGAUUCGGUUCCGAUGCUGAAUCGGCCUAAACGCACGGCUCUUUCGCCGGUGCACGACACGGGCGCCACGGACAAAAAGGGGCGGGGUUCGGUAAAGGUGAAAAAGACAUCUAAAAAACUCGAGCCCUGUAAGGAUGUCUCUGAUUUGUCCUGUAUGUUUCAAAGCGCGCCGACCUCGGAAGACGCCGACCCAGAACGGAGGCCAGGCGGACUGCCCCGGGGUUCAGGCGAAAAGCACUCUGGGACUCUUUCGGCCAGCAGCCGUCUCAUAACAAAGGCUCUGAAGGCGGAGGAGGAGACCCGUCUCAACGAGGGACGCAUCCCGUCAGAAGGUCCCUUCGACGCGUCUUCUGUCGACGCCGCCAUCAAAUCGGAGCUGUCUCCAAAUUGGAAAGCCCCCAGCAGAACCGGUUCCUUUGUCAACCACAGCUCUCCGAAACGCCGCGGCAGGAAGCUGGACAAGAAACUGAUCCACAACGGCUCGGUGAUCAAGUCAAAGUACGAGCGGCUGGCUCGGCCCGCGCAGCAGCCGGUUCAGAUCAAGACGGAAAGCAGUCUGUCGGAUCUAUCUACUACCUCCUCCUCUUUGUCUCUGUCUCCGGUGGAUGCCCUUCAGGAUGGCAAAGAGUUAAAGUUCAAAUCCCUCGAGACCGAGGACAGCGGCGACGUGUUUCGUGCCGAUUCCAAUUACAAAUUCAGUACUUUCCUGAUGCUGCUGAAGGACAUGCAUGACACCCGCGAGAAGGAAGGCAAACCGCUGGUGCUGCCUCCGUCGGCCACCUUGAUAAAGGAGGAACCGCUGCUGAUCCCCGCCGCGAUGGAAGGUGGCUCGCUGAUGGGUUCCUGCGACGGGCUACCUCUUCAGGUCAAAUUGGAGAACGGGCAGUCGGCGAGACCCGCACAGAGGCAAAGCACGCCGGUGAAGAGCCAGCCCUGCGCCAAAGGGGACGUCCCAGCUGACACCUACCACUGCGAAGGCUUCCCUCCUCACGCCGAGGUCGGGGGUUCGGAGAAGCAGCGCAGAAAACAGAGGCUGCCGUCUAAGCUGAAGCUCAGAACGCCCGAGCGCUCCGUGGAGGAAUCGGAAAGAGAGUUCAUCAGCGUCCCUGUCUUGACGGAGCCUGCGUCAGGCUCGCUGGGGCCCAUUGCGUCUGCCGGCGGCGUCGAGAAGUCCUCAGAAAUAGCGGUGGCUCCGAAGAAGCGCUGGCAGCUGGCCGAGGAAGCCGUGGAGACCGAGGCAGCCGGGGGUGAGCCGUCCGCCGAGAUCAAGGGGUCUCCGACGAGAAGCGUGUCUUCGGAUCUGGACCUGGGCGCUGAGGCGCACGCGGAGAACGACUCGCUCUCUUCGGACGCCAGCAGCUCAGCCGGGCAGUCGGACAACAAACGCCUCCGGAAACCGACCAAGAGGCUCCUGGAGUCCACCGAGGAGUACGAACAAAUAUUUGCCGCCAAGAAGAGGUCAAAGAAACACACUGCAGAAUAUUCCAAAACGGAGACUUCAGGGAUAACGGCACUCCAUGAUCUCAGCGCCACAGAAGCCACUGAUACCUCAACCUCGUUUUCAGAGGAGCCAGCGGAGGCUCGGGUAGAGCUGGACCCGAGUCCGCCUCAGGAAGAGCCUUCUCCUGCAGCACCGCCACCACCUGGAUCUCCUGUCGCGACACCGCCCUGCUUUGACACAGACACGGCAGAGGAAACAAAUCUACCUCUUGAACGCGACUCGGGAACAUUAGUUGAAGAAAGAAAGAAGCCUAGGAAGCUGUCUCACAGGGUGAUGGAUUGUACCAUAGAGGAAGUGUCGGCGGGAUCUUCAAAGAGAAAGGAAUCAAAGCGGCAACUCGGCAUUAAAUCGGAGGGGAAAGUGUUGGUCAAGAAAACACAGGCUGCGUCUGUGACUAAAGAGAAAGCUGCGUCCUGCACGUCGCCGGUCCCCGCCGCUGCCUCCAAGCGCUCAGAGAGCAGGUCUCCGAGCCCCCGGCAGUGUAAGACCCCGAAGCAGGAGGCCGAGACGGAGCCCUGCAGCAUGGAAGAGAAACAGGAUGGACACGCGGAAACACUAACUCCCAAAUCUGAGGUCCUGCCGGUGGGGUUGAAUGACAGUCUCUCCUCGCAGGGGGACGUUAAGGGAAAGAUGGCGUCUCUGAAGGAGAGCGUCUGCCAGGUGUGUGAGAAGAUAGGAGACCUUCUGGUGUGUGACGGCCCGUGUUUCGGAGCCUUCCACCGGCAGUGCAUCGACCUGUCUGCAGCUCCCAAAGGAAAAUUCCUCUGCCCGGAAUGUAAAACCGGUGUUCAUAAGUGCUUCGUGUGCAAGAAGUCUGAUAAUGGAGUGAGGCGUUGCAUCAUCCCGCUUUGCGGGAAGUUUUACCACUCGGAGUGCAUCAUGGGGUACUCGGCCACCCAGCCGCAUCACAAGGGCUUCCGCUGCCCCCUGCACGUGUGCCUGUCGUGCCACAUCAGCAACCCUCUCAACGCCGGCAGCUCCAAAGGUCGGCUGGCUCGCUGCGUCCGCUGUCCUGUAGCCUAUCACCCCAACGACAACUGCAUGGCAGCAGGCAGCCUGAUGCUGGCCAACAGCAGCUUCCUGUGUCCCAACCACUUCACUCCUCGCAGAGGCUGCAAGAACCACGAACACAUUAACGUUAGCUGGUGCUUUGUCUGCUCCGAAGGGGGCAGUCUGCUGUGCUGUGAAUCCUGUCCUGCUGCUUUCCACCGGGAAUGUUUGAACAUAGAGAUGCCUCAGGGGAGCUGGUUCUGCAACGACUGCAAAGCCGGAAAGAAGCCUCGCAUUAAGGACAUACUGUGGGUCAAAUGGGGACGUUACAGGUGGUGGCCCGCUGAAGUGUGUCUGACCAAAGACGUUCCGAGCAACAUCUUGAGGAUGAGACACGAGGUGGGAGAGUUCCCGGUGCAGUUCUUUGGCUCCAAAGACUUCGUUUGGACGUACCAAGCCAGAGUCUUCUCCUACAUGGAGGGCGACACUCACAACAUAGAAAAGAUGGGGAAAGGUGCUGACGCGGUGUACAAGAAGGCCCUGACUGAGGCCGCAGAGCGUUUCAAAAAGCUGCAGGCGGAGAGACAGAUGAAGCAGCUCCAAGAGGACAGGAAGAAUGACAGGAAGCCACCUCCGUACAAGCACAUUAAGGUGAAUCGACCCAUUGGGAAGGUGCAGAUCAUCACUGCCGACUUGUCUGAGAUCCCUCGCUGCAACUGCAAGGCGUCGGACGAGAACCCCUGCAGCAUGGACUCUGAGUGCAUAAACCGCAUGCUGAUGUACGAGUGCCACCCUCAGGUGUGUGCAGCCGGGGAGCGUUGUCAGAACCAGACGUUUACAAAGCGGCAGUACACAACGGUGGAGAUUUACAGGACUCUGUCCUGCGGAUGGGGCUUACGCGCAAUCUCCGACAUCAAGAAGGGAGCUUUUGUGAGCGAAUACGUGGGAGAGGUGAUCGACGAGGAGGAAUGCCGCGCCAGAAUCAGGCACGCUCAGGAGCACGACAUCUGUAACUUCUACAUGCUGACCCUGGACAAGGACCGGAUCAUCGACGCUGGACCCAAAGGGAACCAGGCACGCUUCAUGAACCAUAGCUGCCAGCCAAACUGUGAGACUCAGAAGUGGACUGUGAACGGGGACACCAGGGUCGGGCUGUUCGCUCUGCAGGACAUCCCAAAAGGGGUGGAGCUGACUUUCAACUACAACUUGGAGUGCCGUGGUAACGGGAAGACUGCCUGUAAAUGUGGAGCGCCCAACUGUAGCGGUUUCCUGGGGGUACGACCAAAGAACCAGCCACCAGCUGAGAAGAUGAAGCUGAAGGAAGGGAAAAGGAAGGGCUCCAUGAAGAAGAAGACCAAGCAACAAGUGACGAAGGAAAGGGAAGACGAAUGCUUCAGCUGCGGUGACGGGGGUCAGAUAGUGUCCUGUAAAAAGCCAGGAUGUCCCAAAGUCUAUCACGCUGACUGCCUCAACCUGGCUAAAAGGCCCGCAGGGCGAUGGGAGUGUCCGUGGCACCAGUGUGACGUCUGUGGUAAGGAGGCAGCGUCGUUCUGUGAGAUGUGCCCCAACUCGUACUGUAAGGAGCACCGGGAAGGCAUGCUCUUCAUCUCCAAGCUGGACGGAAAGCUGUCCUGCUGCGAACACGACCCGUGUGGAUCCCACCCGCUAGAGCCGGGGGAGAUACGUGAAUACAUGCCCAACAUGGCCUCCAUGAGGCCCGGGAACUUGCCUGUGCCCGUCCCUCCCUCUGUGCUUCCCGCAGCCAAAGGAGCAACUCCUCUGUCUUCAUCGUCAUCUGCUGCUGCUGCUGCUCCCCUCUCUUCCUCUCCCACCGAGGCGGCUCCAUCCGGUCGGGAGCCUCCUCCUCGUCUCUACAUCAACACAAAGACUGCUACCUCCAGCUUCGUCCCGUCCGUCGGGUCCCUCCUCGCCGACACAUCUGAACGGACGUCCAGCACCAGCCGCAGCUCCUCCAGGGUCGAAGGAGACGACGGCGAGGUGGAAGACGGCGAGGUUUAUGGGUUGGACGUGGACGACGACGACGAGGAAGAUGAAGAUGAUGAGGACAAUGAGACUGAGGAAAUGGAGAUUGUGGAAUAUGAGGAGGAGGAGGAGGAGGAGGAACAGCCCCUGUAUGGAGGUGACAUGCCAGAAGACGACGAGGAUGAGGAGGAUGAGGAGGAAGAGGAGGGAGGUGAUGCUUCUGGGACCUGGGGCGGCUAUAUGGACGAUGAUGAUGGAGAGGUGGAGGAGUGGGGGGGCCUGGAGGAUGAUGAGAAGUGACUCCCUCUGUAACACUGAGCGGCAGCUCCCUCCGCACACUGACACAACUAAAGGAGUUAAAUAUUUUGGUACCUACUUGAAUGCAGCACUGCCUUCGCUGUGGUACAACAUUGCCUUCUCAUCUCCAGACUGACCGGCGGGGAUACGUGCUGGUGCUAAGGCUGAACUGUUGUCUCUCUCAGUCUCUUUAUAUUCCUGUCCAUAUGUUUGUGUCUGGUGCUCUCUUGAUUUGCUCUGUCUUUUCACACUGUUUACAUAGUUCAGCUUUUUUUUUUUUUUUUUUUUAAAUGUUUGUAAUAUAAGAAAUGAGUGAGAAGUUUGACCAAACUGUCAUCAAGAGGGCGUCUCGUCUUAUUCCUGUCUUAACGUCGUCAUCUUUCUGUUUCCAGGAGUCGUUGAAUCCCUGUUACAGUUAAGCAAAAAUAGUACCUUCUCACUGUUUUGAGAGGAGUGAAUAAUAAACCCACUGGAGUCAUUCAUUUCAGAUAAACAUU